AUGAGCAUCAUCAACAUGUCGGCCAUCACGCUGAGGUAUCGGCUGCUACCCUACGUGUAUUCAGGAUUCUGGCGCGUAGAGGGGCAGUCCUAUACAAUGCAGCGAGCAUUGGCUUUCGAUUUUGCCGCGGAUGUGGCUACGCGCGAUGUUUCUGACGCAUACAUGUUUGGGCCUUCCCUGCUCGUAACUCCCAUUGUUUCUGCUGGAGCCUCUGGAGCAGCGACGACAAGAGAGGUCUACUUCCCGGAAGGCAGCUGGAUCAACUUCCAUACCGGCAAAGGGUUCGGAGGGAAGCAGAAUGUCAGUUUCCCUUUGGAGCAAGCUCCCUUCUUCUGCCGUCGGGGGUCAAUCCUGGUCUUAGGGCCGAGUGUCCAGUCUGCAUCUGACAAGAAUCCGGCUCUGGAAGUACGAAUCUACCCGGGGGCAGAUGCUACCUUUACCUUAUUCGAAGACGAUGGUGCCUCUACCAAGUACCGCCAAGGCAGCUAUUCAACAAUCACCUUCACCUGGCACGACAGCAGCAAGGAACUGCUGGUGUCCAGCAGGAGCGGCACCUACCCUGGCAUGCCGCAAGAGAGGCAAAUUUGUGCGGUGGUCGUUUCGCCCAGUCACGGGGUGGGGGUGGCCCAGUCUACCUGCGAUCGGCGCGUGACCUACGCCGGACAGGAGGUCCUGGUUAAGCUCCAGAGCCUCGUGGUUGUGUAG